UGCUACUAGAAUGCUGUAUGCAACGACAAGUUCAGGGAGCAGAGGCAUAGAGGAAGAGAUGCUACACCUGUUCAUGAACACCUGAGGAGGAAAGAAGAGACUGAGGAGUGUAGAACUUGCAAGAAUGACGGUGUAGGAUCACAUCUGAAAGAAACUCCUUUGGCCAGCUCUCUGUCAACAAGGUCUCUGUUGGUGCGAUGGCUGACCCAAGCUGGUGGAAGUUGACCUUCUCACGCAAGAAGAAGUCUGAACCUAAGGUUUUGUAUGAGAUCCCAGCUGAGUAUGGCAGUAACACUGGGAAGAAAGAACACUCGAGCAAUAAUUCCCCUCCCGACCACAUAGACAGCCAGUUCAAUGUCAGGCUGGAGAAGAUUGUGGACAAAUCGGCCACCAAAGGACGCCACGUCAAGGUCUCUCACUCUGGUCGCUUCAAAGAGAAGAAGAAGGUCCGCGCCACGCUGGCUGAGAACCCAAAUCUGUUUGGAGAGCAUACCCUCGGUGACGAGAACCAUAAAAACAAGACUGAUAAAUAGUGCACAUGCUCCCAAAGAUACACACCUACAUGCACAUGCUCAUCGCAACCGUGUUAUACGUCAGUGUCACGUUUCUAAAGAGCUUUGAUGAAGGAUGAAACACAUGCAAUCACAACCAUGCUGCAGAGCAUGUGCAAGGUGGAGAAACACUUGUAACCAAGCGCCACGCCCAAGUCAACACUGUAACCAAUGGAAUCACACCUAUACAAACAACUGAUAUCAGCAGACAAGCAUUAAACAGUCACCAAAAAAGAGAGAAGCCUAAACAAAGUAAAAGGGACAUUUGACUUAUCAAAGGUUGUUUUUUUGGUUUUUUUAAACACUAAGCAAUAACGUUAUAUCUAUAAAUAAUGUAACUUAACUGAAGGACAGAGAGUCUGUCUAACCUCAAGUAUAUUUCAUGAUUGAAAAGCAACACUAAUGUAAAUUAAUUAUUAUUUUUUAAAUAUUAUGGAUGUGGAGCUUUUGAAUGACAUUUCCUUUGUAUCUCGUAUUCAAUCAGUGCACAAAUGAAGAUGUCUGUGUGUUGUGCAACCAAAGCACAAUACAUUUUUAUUAUAUUUUUUUGUGAACAAUGCAAAUAGAAACUUGAUUGUAAUGGCUGCCUCAAAGACAUUGUUAAUACUUUAGAUCUUCUAAAUUAAAAUCAAUAAAUAAAAAACUGUUCAUAUGA